UGGCAGUGAUAUCUAAGCAGGGCUCUUCAACGAAUUACCUAGACAACCUCACUCAAUUCCCGCCCUUUUUUUUCUUAAGGAUUUGUCAUUUUGUUAUACGUCUCUUAAAGUGAUAAGGCAGAUAAACCGACAGAGAGUGAGAGAGAGAGAAAGAGAGAGAUAGAGAGAGAGAAACAGAAGCCAUGUCUGUGCAAUAUUCGAAUGCCAUACGACCCUUGAGUCCGGAAUUAACAAAAAAGGCUCACAAGGAAUUGAAUGAGGUGCCGGAACGUAUACAAGAGGAUAUCGAUACAUUACGUUUAUGGAUCUCAAAACAGCCACAUUUGAAGGCUCGUCAGGAUGCUCAAUUCCUGAUUGCCUUUCUGCGUGGCUGUAAAUAUAGUCUGGAGAAGACAAAACUCAAAUUGGAUAAUUUCUAUGCAAUGCGUGGAGCAGUCCCAGAGCUGUAUAAGAAUCGUUUUGUUGGCGAAAAACAAUUGAGCAUACUCAAAACUGGUUGCCUUUUGCGUUUGCCGCAGCCUCUGCAAGUGGAUGGACCACGUAUACAUAUCUCACGUUAUGGCCAAUAUGAUUCCAGUAAAUAUUCCAUUGCCGAGGUCACUCAGGUCAAUACGAUGUUAGGUGAAAUACAAAUACGCGAAGAUGAUAAUGCCAUGAUAUCGGGUUUCGUUGAGAUUAUUGACAUGAAAGGCAUUGGAGCGGGACAUAUAUUUCAAUUUGAUGCAGUGCUUGUCAAGAAAUUAGCCGUCCUUGGUGACAAAGCCUGGCCAUACCGACCCAAGGGAUUUCAUUUUGUUAAUGCCCCAGCCGCAGCUGAGAGAUUCAUGUCCAUAGCCAAGAGCCUGAUGAGUGAGAAAAUACGCAAACGUUUCCAUAUACACUCCAAGCUGGAAAGCCUCUACAAAUAUGUGCCCAAAGAAUGCCUGCCCGUUGAAUAUGGUGGAAGUAAUGGCACGGUCCAGGAUGUCAUCGAUACAUGGACGCAAAAGCUACUAAAAUAUAAGAAUUUCUUCGAAGAGGAAACCGAAUAUGGUACAAAUGAGAAAUUACGUCGUGGACAGCCUGUGAACUCUGAAACAUUGUUCGGCAUUGAGGGUUCGUUUAGAAAACUAGACAUUGAUUAA